GACACAGGCCGCUUCCUCCGGCCUCCUCCCCCACCCCUCCCCUCCCCCGCAGCAGUGCACGUGCCUCGCCGGAGCCGAGAGCGGCGAUGUCUGGCCGCGUCGGCGAAAGCAGCAGCAGCCGCCGCCGCACCGCGGCGAAGUCCCCGCGCUACGACCGCAGCAUCACCGUCUUCUCCCCCGAGGGCCGCGUCUUCCAAGUCGACUACGCCCGCAACUCCGUGAAGCUGGAGGGGAUCACCUCCGUCGCCGUGCGCGGCGCCGACUCCGUCUGCGUCAUCACCCAGCGGACCAAGGCACCGGCGGACCCGUUGCUGGACACGGCGGACCCCGCCUUCAUGCACCUGUUCCAGAUCACCGAGCGGCUUGGAAUGCUCGCCACGGGGAUGCCAGCUGAUGGGAGAGCAUUAGCUCAGCAGGCAAGGAACGAAGCUGCAGGGUUCCGUUACAAGUGGGGAUAUGAAAUGCCUCCUAAGAUGUUGGCGCAAUGGUUGGGAGACAGAGCACAAGUCCGCACCCAGCAUGCUGGCAUGAGACCUUACAGAGUUGUUGCUACGGUCGUGGGAAUUGAUGAAGAGAAAGGAACUCCAGAGCUCUUUACAUGUGAUCCUGCUGGACAAGUCCUUGGCCACAAGGCAACCAGCGUAGGUCUCAAGGAACAGGAAGCUAUCGAGUUUCUCGAGGAAGCAAUGGCGGGCAAUUCUUCUUUAUCAUUCCAGGAAACCAUGGAGAUGGCAGUGUCUGCACUGCGACACGUCCUGGAGAAUAAUAACCAAGGCCAUGACAUCGAGGUGGGAGUUGUCAGGAAGAAUUAUCCAGCGUUCAGAACUGUGUGGAGGCGCAUCUACAAAAGUCCGGUUGCAGGGCAGAACAUCCUGGACGGAGAGGGCCAGUAAUAUGUGAUUUGUCAUUUGAUUG